GGUCGCGUUGUAUAGGAAGUCCCGAUCCGCAAUCAAUUUACAUCUCACACAUCACACAACAUGUCGUCUGGUUACGGCUUGACUGGAGGCCCCGGCCGCUGCUUUCCUUUCUGGCAGGAGAUGCUCGCCUGCUACGUCGUCAACACAAACUCCGAGGACGGUUCGGGCAAGAAAAAGUGCGCCCCCAUGCUCGAGGACUACUACGAGUGCCUACACCACCGCAAAGAGGCCGCUCGUGUCCACGCCCUCCAAUCCGCAUACCGCAAGCACCUCGCCGCAAACCCCAGAGACGACGCGCCCUCGGCCGGUCAAAUAAGGAGUCUGGGCUUGAUCGAAGGCUCGCUCGAGGAAAAGGACAUGAAGGCCGCUGCUCUGCUCCCUCACGUCAAGACCAAUGUUGGUCCUUGAACAUUACACAAUUAUACCACGUUUUCUUCAGCCUUUCAAUACACGUUUUCUGUUCUGUUCAUAUACGUUAUGUUCGUCUUCCUGGGGAGUCUGAAGCUACAUGGGGUUGAUUUCUCCAUCGACAGUGAUAUCGAAUACGCCGAAUUUCCCUGCUUGGUGGUUUCCUCCGCUGUAUAUCACUUCAAUCACAUUGACCAUGUCGCUUGCAGCUCCCUUUCCUUUUGCUGUUCUGGGGAUGGCGUCGAUGAGGAGUUGAGUGUCGACGAGAUAACCCAAUGAUUUGCCUAGCCCAGGUCUUGCUUUGAUGGAUUCAAAGAUCGAUACUCUUUCUUGAUCGCUUCCGUAGGUGACACUCCAGCUUAGUAGGAUUAUGCAGAGGUUGUGUUCUUUUGCCGUGUUUCGAAGACGGCGAACGAGAGUGGUGAGAGU